ACAAUGUCUAUAUUCGUGACGGUGAUCAUGGAGGAUUCCAAGUAACAAAAUAUCCGUCCGACGGAGAUGAGCUGCAAUGAAAGAAACUGCGGGAAAGAAGCCUUCGAGAAUUCAAGCUUUGACGAGACUCGAAAUGAACAGCAUUUUGUUCACACCACAAGUACAAGAUUCCAACUUGAAUACAUGGGGCAUUUGCUGAAACGGGAAGUGAGAACUGAUCCGGACUCUCGGGUUGAACAUUUUAUUCCGGAUACAUGGCAGCGCCAACUUCUCGAUGCCGUCGAUAACAAUGAAUCAGCAGUGAUAGUGGCACCAACCUCUUCAGGAAAGACUUACGCCUCGUACUACUGCAUGGAGAAAAUUCUUAGGAAGGAUAAUGAUAGUGUAGUGGUCUACGUUGCACCAACAAAGGCUUUGGUCAAUCAAGUCGUUGCUACAAUUUAUGCACGGUUUGAAAAACAGAUGCCAGAGGGAAGAUCAGUGUUCGGUGUUUUCACGAGAGACUAUCGUCACAACACGCUAAAUUCCCAGAUUCUUGUUACAGUCCCACAGUGUUUGGAGAUCCUAUUUAUUUCUCCACACAGACAGCAUUGGACGAAGAAUGUCAAAUAUGUGAUUUUUGAUGAGGUUCACUGUAUUGGAUCAGAAACUGGAGCUGAAGUCUGGGAGCAUCUCCUACUUAUGAUUCGCUGUCCCUUCCUGGCGCUCUCCGCAACCAUUGGAAACCCAGAGGAUCUAAGACGCUGGUUGCAAGCUGCUCAAGACUUUCGUGAAAAGCAAGACAAAGAAAAUAAAGAAAAUCUGAGGAAGUCAUAUCGCAUCAGGUUAGUCAAAUUUGAAGGACGGUACUCCGAUCUAGAAAAGAGCAUCUACCUUCCAAAUAAUUGUGAGAAAGGAUACGAUGAUUACAACAACGAGGCAUUCGUGAGGCUUCAUCCUUGCGGCCAGCUAGGACACCAACAGCUUCGCCAAAAAGGUUUACCAGGUGAUAUGGCACUUACACCAAAAGAAUCUCUACAAUUAUAUGACACUAUGGUUAGCGUGUGGCCUGACUGUGAAUCACUCCAGAAUCUUUCUCCUGAGACAUAUUUCCUAGAAAAUAAAUUGAUCCAAAAGGGUCAUGCUCGGCAAUACGAGAGUGACCUGAAGAGGGAAUUCAAGUCUUGGGCAGACAGCAGAGAAUUGACAAAGGUUCAGUCAGUUAUAAAUUCUUUAAAGUCAGUUUUCUUGGAAAAUCACUCUUUAACUGAAGAACAAUGGGGUGAACUGGGAAUGACGUUUUCUGGUAAACAGUUCAUAAAGAACAAUUUUGCAAAACUCAUUGACGAGCUCAGAGCCCAGGACAAACUGCCUGCCUUAGUGUUUAGCAAUGAUCGUAAACUCUGCGAAGAGCUGGCAAUCGGUUAUGCUCAGAAACUAGAAAGCAAGGAACAAAUUAUCAGGAGAAAAGGCAACACAAAAGAGGCAAAACUUGCACAGAAGAGGCAAGGAAAAGCUGAAAAAAGUUUGCACAGAAAAAGAGAUGAAAUGCAGAAAGAAAAAGAGAAAAGAUCAAAAAGCCAACCAGAUAAGCAAGAUGAGAGGGGUUCUCUUUCAGCCUUGAACGAGGUUCUACCGCAGUGCACAUUGGCAUUAAAUACUGGAAUUGGAAAAGAGGAUUACGACGAGAUAAUGAAGAGAAUCAGGUUCAUCUCUGAAAAAUCGUUAUUCAAGCGGGCUCUAAAACGAGGAAUCGGCUUUCAUCAUAGUGGAUGUAGCGCUAAUAAACGCUCCGUGGUGGAAAUGUUAUUCAGAGGCAAAUACCUUCAGGUGGUCAAUGCAACGUCCACGUUGGCUCUCGGCAUCCAUAUGCCUUGUAAGUCAGUGGUGUUUGCCGGAGACUCGUCCUACUUAAAUUCGCUGCAGUACCGACAGAUGUCUGGUAGGGCGGGUCGGAGAGGUUUUGACCCCGCGGGAAAUGUCAUUUUCUUUGGAAUUCCUUACCGUAAAGUCCAGCGCCUCAUGACUGCAAAUAUCCCAAAGCUUGUUGGCAACUUCCCCAUCACUGUUUCACUGGUUCUGCGGCUGCUUCUGAUGACGACCCAAGCAGAUGACAAGAAAGACGCCCUCACUAAGGCCCUAGCAUUACUGUCUCAUCCUUUUAUCUGCCAAAAAUACCCUCAACUGGAAAUCCAGAUGAAGUUACAUUUCCUCUUCAGCGUUGAACUUCUGGUUAGAUUGUCUCUUAUAAACAAAGAAACCGGAGCUCCACAGGAAAUGGCCGGACUGGCAACCCAUCUUCAUUACCAUGAACCGUCCAACUUUGUCCUAAUCAGCUUUCUACGAAGUGGUCUCUUCCACAAGCUUUGUCAGCCAAGGACAAAGGGUAAAUUUUCUGUCGACGUUAUGCGAAAAAUGGUACUUGUUCUCAGCCACUUAGUUGGAAGGACUUAUGUUCACCCCUCUUUGAUGCUUAGGGAUCGAUCUUCAUCAAAAUUGAUUUUGGAGGAUCUCCCGGAUGAAUUUGCCAAAGUAGUCGAAAGCUACAACCGUGAGGUCACCGAUAUCUUUAGUCAGUACCCUGCCACAGUGGCUAAGUGGUUGGGAGAGGGAAGAGGAGAGAAUCACAAGCUCCCCUUGUCAGGAAUAGAAUUUCCAAAUAAAGCCAGCAUCGAUGGCAUUGUCGAGCACGAUCUGAUCAAAGUCCUUGCAAACACUUCCAUUAAGCCUUUGGCUUGUUCCUACUUCGCUGCGCUGUCAGGGAAUACAGACUCACAGUUACAUCAUACCAGCCAAAUACCAGGCGAUCGGAGUGAAGAUGAAGUUGAUAGCGGCGAGGAAGAAUGGGAGGAGGAGCCACUAAGAGAUAUGCACAAGAUCGUUCGUCAAGAUAUCUACACGGACAUGAAUCUCGUUCCCAUUCUUCGACUCAGGAAUAGGCUACCCCUGAAUGCCUAUGCAUUGGAUUUUUUUAAGCACGGAUCCGCUAAAGUUAUUGAGAAAGAAAAUGGCAUGCUGGCUGGCGAUGUUUACAAUGCCAUAAAGGAGUUUUACCUUACCAUUAAGUCAAUCAGUUGUUCACUGGAAGAGCUGGGUCCUAAAACUGACAAUGUGGUACUGGCUUUUAAACAGCUGGCUCAGGAGUACGGAGAGAAAUUCAGAGACCAGUUUGAACAUGAGGCAUAGGAAAUACAAAUUUGAGUUUAGUUAUUAAUUUAUUAAUAUCAAGUUUUCUAGACUUGUCGAAUUUAAAAGAUUAGUGUUUGCUGAAAAUGUUUUGGAAUGACACGGGUAGCACUUGUUUUCCUAGAGAAUACUAAAUAAAUGAACAUAUUGUGUCGGUAUACAAAUGUUUUUUUUUUUUAACAAAUCCGUGUCCUAUUGAUCAAUUUCAAAUGAGUGUCACUUAAAUUAUUCAAUUUUUGAAACGAGAGCGUUUAUCCUAAGACUAGUUCACAGACUGUUGCUUGAAGUAUUCAAAGGCUUCUGUAAUCUAAUUAAAUUACUGAUAAACUUAAAGGUAUAGAUAGAGAAGUCGACAUGGUUAAACAGAUUUCUACACUAAAAUGGAAGGACCGUGAUAAAACUGAACCAAAUAUAUGUACUGUAACACAAAAAAAUAAAAAGUAGUUUACGUUAAGAAGUUGUAACGAGUGCAAAUUAAAUAAAACUGUUCGUAUCAGAUAAGGUUUGUUAGGUGCUUCCCAACUACUUCAUUAAAGUUUAGAGGUUCAAUCAAAGUCCGUUUUACUGAAUUUUUAAACACUAGUUACGCGAAAUCUUUGCAAGAGGGAUUUUAUGACCAACCUUAGUGGGAAUUGUGUAUGACAGCAUAUAAAGGCAACUGCAAGUGCGAUAUAGUGUUCAUAUG